GAGAGCGGGAAGGAAAGCGGGCGGGAAGGAGGAAAAGGAGGGGAGGGGAAGCCCUCAAGAUUCGGCCGGACUCCAACUCCCACAAUGCCUCGCAGCCAGGCAGCGCGACCCGCUGAGUGUGAGCACAGCUCAUUGGCGAGAAGUCCGCAGCGGCCCUGGCCCUAUCAGCUCCCCUCUCAUUGUGCGGUAGCAGCAACCGACGUACACACAUUAAGCAGGGAUCAGCCCAGGCUCAGUGUCCCCGAGGGGCUGCUCUGUGCGCUUUCUCCUCCUCCUCCUCCUGCCGCCCUGCUGCUGAGUCCCUCCUGGGUUUCUGUGCUUGCGGUACAAAGCGGAGGAAAGAGCCAUGAAUCUGGGGUAAGAAGAGCCCUCUUCUCCCUGCGCUGGUUGGGUGGGUGGGUCGGUGGCAGGCAAGCAGUCGCGUGUGUCAUGUACGUGGCUCCCUCCUUGUGGUCACCACGGAGAGGCUUCCUUUUGAACCUCUCGAGGGGGGCACGAGGCACAAGCCCCGGAUCUCAGAACCUGAAGCCUCCCACCCAUGAAAUAACCGACAAGGUUAUUCCGCCGCCAGUUACUGUGUGGCACAAUCUCUGCACACCUGGACAAAGGAUGGGUGCUGUAGGUGCUUCAAGAUCUCCUGCUUCGUGUCCGGGUUGUCUUACAACUCCCCCAGCACACGCGAUUCUCUCUCUCUCUCUCUCUCUCUCUCACACACACACACACACACACACACAUACAUAUAUAUAUAUAUAUAAACACACACACGCACCGGCGUGCAUCUUAGAAAGCGUUCCCCUCUAAAAACCUUCCAAUAAAUUUUGGUGACACGGUUUACUAGUGGUACCUCGGGUUACAUAUGCUUCAGGUUACAGACUCCGCUAACCCAGAAAUAGUACCUCAGGUUAAGAACUUUGCUUCAGGAUGAGAACAGAAAUCGUGCUCUGGCAGCGCAGCAGCAGCAGGAGGCCCCAUUAGCUAAAGUGGUGCUUCAGGUUAAGAACAGUUUCAGGUUAAGAACAGACCUCUGGAACGAAUUAAGUACUUAACCCGAGGUACCACUGUACUCAUUUGCUAUGUAAACGAGCUAGGGGGUUUCUGCACAUAUGUGCUCUCCCACAAGAUGUAGUGAUGGCCGUCAGGUCAGGUGGCUUUCAAAGGGGAUUAGACAAAUUAACGGAGGAUAAAGCUGCCAAUGGUUACUAGCCAUGGUGGCGGUAUUUUACCUCCACUGUAGGAGGCAACUCGCCUCUGAAUUCUGGUUUUUGUGAAUUGCAAGUGGGGAUACAUCCUAUAUCCUUCUAAAUGUGUUUUUUGGGGGGGGAGGUUAUUGUUUGUUGUUUCUUUUUAUGUUUAUAUUUAUUUUUUGUUCUUAUCUUGUAUUUUUAUACUGUGAACUACCCUGAGCUCUUCAGGUGAAUGGCGGUAUACUACUACUACAACUAAUAAUAAUAAUAAUAAUGUGCUCAGGUUCUGCUUGCAAACUUCCCAUGUUUGUCCAUGGUGGACUACAUGGGACUUUGAUCUGAUCCAGCAGGCUUUUUUAAUGUUUACACUACCCCCAGUCUAACACAGCUAUAUUUCCCAGAGGCCAUUAAAAUAAAUCUAUUUAGAUAUGCCUAAUACCCGUGCUGGAUUUAGGCUGUUAUGUGUAAGGUUGCCAACUUGGGAACUGGUGAGCAGCAGUUAAUGGAGGAAAACCUUCAGUCAUUGAUGGCCUAAACUGUGCCCACCUGUCCCACACCUGACAUCACACCUAACAUCAGGUGUGGUGCAGGUAACACUACAGCAGCAGGGAACAACCAGGAGCAUUAGUGUGUGCUCAAAAUCGUUCCUCCUUUUAAAUAUUGCACCAAAUGCAGAUCAUUGAAUAAUCAGCUCCACUUGGCGCUCCCAACUGAUGCAGGUUCCAAAGUGGAGCAAACAGCAGUUACAAGUGAGACUUGCAUUCAUCCCUGAAUUCAUAUUCAGUGCUGACUACAAGCCCGCAGCUGACCAGAGUUACCAAGUGGAGGUCAUUGCUGCUCCAAGCGGUGCUUGGAUCUUUCUUUGCCAGCACAGUUUGAAUCCAAGGAAGAAAUAAAAGAAUAGGGAGCACACUCCCAUUAUUUCCUUUGACGUUACGUCAUCUGACUUCAUGGUGAUGUUGGGUGAUUUACCGGUUGGUGGCUCUGCCCGUCUGUCAAAAUGGUCCAUGAGGUGGGGGUGGGGAGUUCAGGUUGCAGCCCCUCUUUUCUGUUCUAAUCUGGUUUCAUGCCUGGUUUAGGGAUGGUCACCCUGGUGGAUGAGUUAUGCUGGGAAAUGGAUUGGAGCUACAACCAGUGGGUUUCUUUACCACUGAACAUGCUGUCCUUUAUUUCCAGUAUUUCUAAGCAGCCUUUCAAGACUAGCCAUACCAAGCUGGCUUACAUAUAACUUAUAUACUUUUUCUAAUAAAAUGUAAAACAUUAAAAACAUGUUGCAGAAUUUAAAUACAGUAAGCUUGCAAUUUAAGUGGGAUUAUGUUCCGUGGAUUGUGCCUAAAGCCAAAAUAAUGUAUAGUCAAUACACAUUGGGCUCAGUGGCAGUUGGGAUUCCCAAAGUUUUUUCCCCCUGACACCCACCCCCUUUCUGCUCCCUAUUUAUUUAUUUAUUUUCACCGCCUGCAUAAAGCUGAAUGUGCACAACUUCAAUGUGUGUAAGUUGUGGAUUUACUGCAUACAAUUCAGUAAAUGCCCAAUAAAUCCUCUGGAAACAGACUUCAGAACAAAACUUUUCAAUUAAAAGCGAAGGAAAACAGAUGAGCUGUCUCAAAAACUUGUGCCAGGAAGGGACUAUCAUAGAGUCCCCUCUGUAAUAGCCCAAUCUCUAGUUCUCACCCUCUGACCCAGUUGACUUGGCUGGGCCUAGAAUGCAUGAUGUUACAGUGGCUACAGUAGUCUCAGGAGAUGGUGCUGUGUUGGAGAGGGUGUCCUGUUCUACUCCAUGUGCCCACAUUUGCUUAUAAGGUGCAUCAAGUUUCCAUCUUCUCCCUUUUGCUCUUUAAUGGCAGUGUUUCGUUUGAUGGCAGUGUUUAGUUUAUAUCUUUACUGUUGUGACAAUAUUUAAAUUGGAAAUGGGUGUCAUUGGUUCAUAAUUACUGUUUAAAAUUUAUGCUCUGUCUUCCCCCGUCAAAAUUGCAAUUAUAGACACAUUUUACUUUCUUUUAUAUUGCAGGGAUGGUUUAAAGCUUGAAACUGAAAUACUGGAUGGAAAACCUAGACUGAUAGUGGCGCCUUGUGGUAUGAUUACUUUUAUGUAUAAUGGUCAAUAUUAAGAUUUACUACAGUCUUUGUAUAGACAAAAUGAGUUUCAUAACAGACUUUUAAAUACAUGCGUGAGAUGUGUUCUAUUCAAACCACAAACUACUGUGGUUUGAUUACACCAGCACAUAGGCAUUGUGAAGACACUGGCCACAAUUCACAGAACACAACAGGUGUAGUUCUCAGGGAGUGACUAUAGUUCAGUGGUAGAGUAUGUGCUUUCCCAGGUUCAAUCCCUAGCAUUUCCAGUUAAAAGAAUUGUAUAGCAGGCUUUAUGCCUGAAACUGAAGAGCAGUGCCUGUCAAGAGUAGACAACUCUGGCCUAGGUGGACUAACAGCCACACUUGGUAUUGUUGGCAUCCAUUUGUCUCAGGAGACAAUGGAGGGGUGCGCCUUUGGGGGGUGAAGUAAAACCAUUGCAAGAUUGCAAUGCAUGCUGUGGCUGUAGAGACCAGUAUUCACCAGUAUUUGGAUUUUUUAAAAUAAAAAAUGUAGGUCGCUUUGUGAUUUUUUUAAAAAAUUAGAGACAAAUAACUAUAAUAAAUAUAGUAAUAAUUAAUUUGGGUGUACAGGAAUUUUACAAAAAUGUUAAGACUACAGUCAUUCAUAGUUACUUGAGAAUAAGCUCCCGAGUUAACCAAUUCUGGCUUAUUUUCCUGGUUUGUUAGCUGGCAUUAAGCCAGAUUUCUCUGGCUCAGACAUGACUGGGACUCUGGUUUAAUGUAACUUAAUGCUUAAGUUAGAGCACAAAAGGAAGAGGAGGGCACAAAUGAGCAAUGGAGGAGCACCUCAUCUAGUGCUUGUUCUCUUUGCACAUAAGGGGUUUAGCCACACUGCCACUGAUAUUUUUUCCAGCUGAUAUCAUUUCCCCUGUUAUAAGCUGACAUUGACCUAGACCCUGUUCUCAUUCUUAUGUAUUUUUCUUUCACAGUGAGUAAAUCCAAACCAAGUGUAAAGGUAAGUUUUCUUAAAAGUGUACUUUUUAUUUUGCGUAAGCUGAUUUUGCAUUCCCCAUGUAAAGUCAGUCUCCAAUGUCAGUUGCAUGAAUUGGAUGGCUUUUUGAAAGACCCCAAUUUAAAGCCCUCUUGGGCAUGCAGAAUUACUUGUAAGUUUCAUUGGACUCUGGUCAAAUGGCCUUUAAAUUAGUUCACAUGCUAGCAUUUGUUUUAGUAUUGAGUUGAGAAUAACAGAUUAAAGAAAUUUCUGCUUGAACCUCUUGUGUUUCUCCAGUACAGCCUCCUUUGAAAUAGGCUGUAAUUCUAAAAUUAAUUUUUCAAGAGCAGACCUACUUCCUUGGCUGGAACAACUAAAAACCAUUUCAUUAGCAUGGCUUAGGAAAACAGCUACAGUUUUUGGAGGGUGUUCUAAUAAGCUCAUUAUUGUUGUCUUAACAGAUGUGUAAUAAAAACAAAACAUUUAAACACACAUUGAGAACAAAACAGAAUGGGCAUAUUCUGAAAUCAUUGCACACUUCCUGUGAAAAGAGUGAAUGUUUUACAAAACAGAAAGUGGGAUCAAGACUGUCCCUGACAAAAGAUGGGAAAAAUAGUGAAACUUUGAUAUCUACUAAGGAUUCAUCCAAAGAACCUUGCAAUAAAGACAGCACCUUUAUCAUUCAAAAAGACAACACAACUGCGAAGCCAGGUAACACCAGAAUUUCAAUUAAGAAACCUCCGGAAUCAAACAAGAAGCUCAAAAAACAUCCUGUUUCCGUCGAGGAGCUAAGGGACAAUUUGGUAUGUUUAACGCAACAGCAGCUUGAACAGAUUUUGAUGGCUGUAAAAGAAGCAACUACAGGAACCUCUCAGCUUCAGGAUGAAAAGAAGGAAAAAAGAAGUAAGAUAUUUAUUUUCUACACAGAACCAAAUUAUUUUCUGAUUACUUUAAAAUAAGCCUGAUGCUUGGAAAGUAAUGAGAUGCUUACAUCAAAAUAAAAUGAUCAAAUAAGCCACUGUUGGAUCAAAAACUAGAAAAUUAUUUUAGUGUUGAAUGGCUUUUCAGUGGUUCUCAUAGCCAUAUUAUUUAUUUAGUGAAAUAUAUGGUCCAUUGUUUGGGCUUAGGAAAGAAGUCAUGUUUCAUUUAAAUUUAGAUCUUAAUACAGUUUGAUUCUUGUUGUGAUGUCCUCCUAAAGGUCUGAUAUGGAAUACUGUAUUAUCUAAUUUGUACUGUACUUAUUCACAGUAUAGUAGACUGGUUUUCAGAAGUUAUUUGCAUUUAUCUGAAUUCAUUUUGGUGUAAACUUUUAAAAAUAUUGCUCUUAUUUCUGUGAAUCUCUAAAUGUUAUAAAAUAGGUCUUUCCCAACCAAGUUAAAUCAUGUAAGUUCUUAGUACCAACUAAUAUACCUUGUGCUUCCUACCUUACCAGAUUCUGACUGACAUAAAACUUGGGUAGGUUGGAGAAAGGUCUGCAUUCUUACAAUACAGUCAAAUUACUGUCUAAAUCAGCUGUAUGUCCCAUAUGUUAAGUGGGACUUAUUCCCAAGUAAGUGGCUCUAGGUUUGCAACUAGCCACUCAUAGAGCUUAAUGGUACUUUACACUUGUGAUGAAAAUAGUAUCUAGUUUAUAUUUGUGCCUGCUUUCAACUUCAGAGCUGGUCCAUAUUUUGCAGGCUUUCCUGCAAUAAUCUACAUCAUUAAAUGGGAAGAUUUAUGUCCUUGCUUCUGUUUUUAUGUGCCAUUCACAAUAGAUGGCAAUGUAAUAUGCUUGAAUUUUUCCAUUUAAAUUCAGAGUUUAAAAAGUAACUGUGAGUUGGUUCACAGGCAUAAGUAUGCUGAAUAUUCCAAAAACACAUUAAUGCACCAGUGUUUCAUUUACAAGUAAAUAUGGUUUGAAGUCCUGGCAUCACAGUUUCAUCAGAAAAGGGAUUUAGGGAUAUCUCCCUUAAGUAAAAACAGCAACAUUGGAUGUAACCUUAAAUGUAAUUUAGCUGACUUUGAAUGGUUUCUGAAAGGGUUGUACAUAGGCUAGGAAAUAAGGACAAAAUCUACCGCAGCAUUAAUUUUCAAUGGUAGUUUUUCUUUUCCAGUAACAAGCAGUGCAGAUAGCAACAUUCCUGCUGAUCAGACCACAGAAGAAAACAUAAUGGGAUUACUCCAAAAGGCUGGUGAAGUUCCAUCUGUUCCAAGUGAACAUAGUUUCAUUUCAAACAAAAACCAAGGACUAUCCAAGCAGGCUGAACAGAAAGCUAUCGCGUAUGUAGGUCUUUUAAACUCAAAUUCAGAUUAUUUGAAUUUUUUUAAUAAUAUGAAUGCUUUGAAAAAGACUGCUUCAUGAUGUACAGUGGAUAGACCCUUUUACACAGCAUAAUACCGUAUUGGCCCGAAUAUAAGACACACUUUCCCCCCAAAUUCUGACCAUGAAAAGUUUAAGUGCGGCUUAUAUUCACAACUUUAUGGUAUGCAGCCAGGAGUGCGAGGCCAACAGCGCCAGGAGCGCGCGUUGUCUUGCAUUCUCUCCCCCAAGGUCAGGAAGGGAGAGAGAGAGGAAGGGGAAAGGCCGCCGACAACGUAGCCCGGCCCUCCCCCUGCCCAGUAUGCAGCCAGGAGCAGUGAGGAAUGGAGCGGCUUAUAUUCAGGUAUUUUUUCUUUUUUUCCUUUCUCCCCUCCAAUUUUAAAGGUGCAGCUUAUAUUCAGGCCAGUACGGUAUAUAGCGCCCAGCCCUAUAGAAUGAUAUAGGAAUACUUGCAUGAAAACCUAUGGAGCUUUGUCAUCUAACUUGUGCUAAAAGAAGCCAGUGCAAGGAUGCCCACUAGUGCAAUGGGAGUUUCCCCCAUCUCCUCCCCAAAUCUACUGAGGAAGGUUGGGCAAACCCCCUAAACAGCAUGCAGGGAGAGGAGAGGGGAGAGCAUUCUGUCAGGCAAGCAGAAAUGCUUGCGCUGAUAGCACGAUCUCCUUAGCGCUACGUUGAACACAAGCCUAUAUCUCAAACUAUACAUACUGGUCACUUGAACACUACAUAUGAUCAGAUGCUCUUGGAUGCAGUUAUUGAAGAUAUUAUGCAAAUGAACAUAGACACUAGUUUCAUUUGGUCUUUUAUUUUUUAGUCAAAUAUUUACAGUGCGAUGCCAAUCAUUUGUACAUGGACAUAAGUCCUGUUGAAUUCAGUAGGGCUUAUUCAGAGUUAAGUGGGGUUAGGAAUGCAGCCUUAGUCUGUUUCUUUAGUGGGAGUUACUAGGCAAGUAGCUAGUCAAAAGAUACUGUAUUUGAUAUACCCUGUACCAAGUUGGAAGUGCUGUAAGGAUUAUAUCAACAUGAGCCUGUCUGGAGUCUCCCAGCUCUGAUUCUAUCAUUCUCAAAGGGUUGGAUUCAGACUUCACCUUCCAGGAGGGCUUUUCAUGCAGUGGAGAGAUUAUACCAGGGGAACUAACUUUAACCAUUUCCCUUCUUCUCAACAUCCUGGAACAGGGUGGGAGGUGGUGCUAAGUACUGCUAGGGUGGCUGAGGCUGGUGGGGAGAAUCAGUAAAAGUAGCCUCAUCCCCACUUCCAGCUGGAGAGCAAAAUCUAGAGUCAACCCAAUAUGAUUAGCAGUUACUUUAAUAACUGAGCUUUAAAACCUCUUGAUUUUCUUCAGCAGGAAUUCGUGGAAACCAGCUGAUAUAUUUAGUGCUUUGGGAGAAAGAGAAAGGGACAAAACCUUAUUAGAUGCGAAGAAGUCUCAGUGGAAGAAGGAACUAGGUACAGUGUAAUUAACUGCAUUUCUAUAGUGUACAAUUAAUUGUUAAACAGCCAUCUCAUUUUACAAAUAGAUAUUGUUGCUGUAGUUAACUGUAUACAAGGGGGUGGAAUAUGAUCAAUCUGCAAGCCAAGCUUUAUAGGGUAGUGGUGUUUUUUGUGCUAUUAAUGCGAUAUUUAAAGUAAAGGACCUUGACAUUUAAACAUUUUCAUUUCUCCCCACUUAGUUGUAUGUGUCAAGCAAAUAAAAAUAACUGUUACCUAAAAUAUAUGCAAUUUUUAUAAGCCUUCUUACUGUUGUAACUACAAGACUGAACCGCAGUGACUGUUUAAAUUUCCACUUAGGGCCAUAUUAGAUGCAACGCCAUUCAGUCAGUUACUGUGAAUGGUUUAUUUAGAAGUAAAUUGCAAGUUCCAAAGGCAAUUUUAGUAAAGGUAAAGGUACCCCUGACCGUUAGGUCCAGUCACGGACGACUCUGGGAUUGUGGUGCUCAAACUGAGUAAAUGGUUUCUUCUCUGGUUAUGGGUAGAUUCUUCAUUGUUCUCCAUAUGUAAGAUGGAGAUAAAAAAUACUGACCUCUGCAGAGUGGUUCUAAGUAUUAACAAGGGGGGGGGGGGAAAUGAAAUACAUAUUGGUGCAUUUUCCAGGCAGUAAUUUUAUUGAUUGCUUCUAAGAUAUGUGUUCUUUGAAUCACAGCCUAAAAGUGCUAUAUAAAUUGUACUGCUCUGAAAUUUAGAAGACGGGGCAUUUUUUCUCCUUCUAAACAAAGCAUUCUUCGGAGAGGGGGGACAUUAAAACAUUAAGAUACUAAUUAGUGAUUUUUAGAACUCACUUAAUUCUAAGCAUUUUGGGAGGGGGGCAAACAUUUUUUUACUUCAGUUUUUAUUUACUACAUUCUCUGCCAUCAUUUCCCAUUGGUGAGAGUUUCUGAACUUAGAGCAAAUCUCUCUCGUUUUUAAAAAGAAAUUGUCAAAGUCUGGUUAUUUUUAGUUAUCUUACACUAUGAUUUCCCUGGGUGGCACUCACUGGUGACUGUUCACUGACAGAAGAGGAAUAAUCAGUGGAGCGUUGGUGGUUCUCCCAGCAGCCUGUGCCCCGCUUUAAAUAUCCUCUAGAGGGUUGGGACCCACAGAGCAGAUUAUUUUUUUGAGGGGAGGGGGAUGAGAUACUCCAGGAAGGAAGAGGAGAUAAUUGAAAAUUUCAUCCCUAUGUUCUCCUGAUGCAUUCCCCCGUGUUUUCAGAUGGUCACAUUUGGUUACCACUCUGUAUUUUUUUUAAAGCUUUAUAUUUCUCCUUUUGGCAAUGUGGUUAUUUGUAUUUAGUGGCUGUGUUUGCACAUUGUGAUAAACCAUGAUUUAGCAUGACAGGAAUGAGCCUAAGCGAGGCAUGCAUUUAUGCACUGCCCCUCACUUCCCCUGGUGCACCUGCAAGGAGCUUGGAAACUUUUCUUUCUGCUUUUGAUUAAUUGUAGUUUGUCAUGUCAUCCAAACCUAACAAACUGGUUAUUCUUAACUGGUUUGUUUAGAACCAGCACCACAUAAAGCAACAUUGCAGUUAGCAAAAAACCCAGAAACAAAAGCUUUCAAUCUCUGUGCCGCCAUGACAGAGAGGGAGGACUGAUCCUGGCCCAGGCUUAUUCCUGGCAGAUCCACUGUCACAGUGGAUAUUGUGACAUCCACAAUGAGCCAAUGAGACAUUACACUGAUGAUUUCUCUCCUUUAAAGAUGAACAAAUAGCUUUCAAGAAGAAACUGAAAGAAACUUUGGAAACAGAGUCCAAAUAUCACCUGAGGCAGAAAAUGGAUACAGUAAGCUGUUGCUUUGACAAGGGACAAAUGACUCAGGUAGAAAUAAACAAACCAUUUUGUUCAAUGCAAUAAAUGUUGCUUAUAUUUUUGCCAAUAUUGUAAUUCCAUCCUGUGCUGUUAUCUAAAAUAUAUGCCUGCCUUUUUGUGUUUAGUUGUACUCACUGAUACAUCUUUAGAGAAUAGGCAAAUAAUUUGGAGGUUCCGUGUCCUAUUGCAAAUAUCUUUGCAGACCCAUCUUAAAGAAAUUUCUCUCCCUUUAUGAAGUUCUCUCGCAAAGGCAUUUAGAAUUAAUUGUAAUUCCUAAUGCACAGUGGUGGUGAUGGGUGUGUGCGUAUUUUUUAACUGGACAAAAUUGAAUAAUAUGUAAUUGCAUGAAACAUGUUUACAUUUUAACACCAGUGGAAAAAAGCAGUUCAUUUGAAGUCACCAAGAUACUUUGUUUGUAGAUGACAUUUUCAGAUGACUUCAGUGCUGCAACGGAAGAUACCCACAUUUGUAGAACUUUGACCACUGAGGCUAGUGAAACUUCACCCAGUGUUUCAAGUGGCCAAACUGGACAGUUUUCUAGUUUCAGUUCUCCUGAUUUACCAGCUGCUAUUCGAACAGCAUUUGUGUUAGGGGUAAGAAUUUAUUUGCAUGCAGUGUUUCACAUUUUUAAACCUUAAAUUUUGGGCAGUGCAUUUCUCUGCUUUUGGAAUGUGGCUGCCAUGAGCUUGGCUGAGUAGGCAUUGUUCAGAGGACACUGGUAGAAUUAUUUAACCUUCUUAGGAUUGGAAGUAGAAUCCAACAUGUCAGAUCAGACUUGAGGGGUUGCCUGCUGUCCUUUUGUCAUAAGCUAUUCUCAAUUGGGAAAUGUUAUCUCUCCAGUGUGGUAGAGGCUGAAAUUGACUUCAUUUUAAUAACUAUCAAGACAGUACUAGUAUUAUUUUACUCAAAAGUAUAUUUAAGAAAGAUGUCGUUUAUUCUAGUUACGUAAAAGGACAUGAAAUGCUAUGCUGGGAUCCAUUUUAUAAAACCAGCUUGCCUUAACUUUUAUAAGGAAAUUGUCUUGGGAUGACUGUGUUCCCUUUACUUUGUCUGCAUUUCCAAAAAAGAAGAUAACACACUCACCAAAUACUACUUGUAAAAUUUAUUGUGAGCCAGGAAACUGCUCAUGGAUUUUAGCUGUUUCUUAAGGAGAGAAUCACAUGAGAUGUGCAUCAAGUAACUACAGCCCAUAGAAAUCUGGUCUCCCUCUAGUGUUGGGGUCGCCAUAUGCACUAUAAAUAGCGCCAAUAGCAAAACUUAUACAGCUGUUAAAAAUUGCAUGGCAAUGAUGUGAUCAAGACCCAGUUUUAAAAUAGUUGCUCUGAUUAUUCAAACACAUGUGUGUACAUACCUGUACAGAGUGUCCCACUUUUAUAGUGUAAAGCCCAAAUACUAAUCAAAUGGAUUAAUCUGAGAGUAAAUGGAAGUAAAAGAUGUUGCCUUUUUCUUUUAGGAAGCGACACCAGUAGAGCAUCCUUUUAGUGCUGUAAAACGUGAGCAGCAGAAGAAGUGGCUUGAAGAACUUGAUAAACAAAAAGAAGCUGACAGGCUACGAAAACUUGAAGAAAAGUGUAAUUUAUCCAAGGUAGCUGUGGUCUAUGAAGGUUAUUAAUUUGAAAUGAGAAAUGGUUUAUGUUGUCCAUGUCUUUCACUCUGGCCCAGUUAAUAAAAUUACCCAAAGAACGGAGAAUUCCAUGAGUGAGGCCAUCAAGUAUAUAAUAAGAUGUGUAAAGCCCUUGUGCUACAUGAUAUCAGAGCUGGGAGAACAAGGGAGGGAGUAGCAUGUACCCAUUUCUUUAAUAGCUCUGCUAUUUAGUUAUUUGUAUCCAGCGCCCAUGCUCUGGUCCAUGGGGUCGCGAAGAGUCUGACACGACUAAAUGACUAAACAACAACAACAAAUCCAGCGCUCUCUGCAAGGAGCUGGAGAAAUAUGCUGUUGGAUGAUUGUGUAUGCCAGGCAUAGGCAAACUCCAGCACUCCAGAUGUUUGGGACUACAAUCCCCAUCAUCCCUGACCACUGGUACUGUUAGCUAGGGAUGAUGGGAAUUGUAGUCCCAAACACCUGCCCAUGCCUGGUGUAUGCUGUGAGUGCAAAACUAUGCACCUUUAAAAGUCCUACAGAAAGGGACCUAGUGCCAAGUAACUUGCAGCCCAAUGCUCAGCAAGUUUUUAGAAAUGUUUUUAGAAAUUAUAACGGGAGAGCACAAGGGCAAUGCUAAAUAGUGUUGAGUAUUCAUAACCCUAUUAAUCUCUGUGGGAUUUGCUUCUAAGCAUUCAGUAGUUUACUGUUGAGGGCAUAAACCUAAUCCUAGCUCUGCUGGGAAGAGUGAGUUAGGAUAUGGCAGAUUAGUGGUUUAGCCGGCUGGUUCCUGCUCACCUGAGCUAUGCUGCUGUAAGUUCCCUGUCCUGGCUCAGAUGGGACCCAGCCAGCUAAUCUGAGCCUGGUGGAAUUUAAGAUGGUGUAAGACCUGAAAAAUGGGCAUUCUGGGGGAGGAGCAGGAAGAGGGACUCACACUGGAGUUGAGCACCAGCUCAGUCAGGUGACCUGGCAACCUGGAAGAACGUAUACUGGCAAAACGAGUGAUGUAAAUCAAACUCUGUUUUAAAAGGUUUGUUUUCCCUUUGAGAUGUGGUCAGCUCAGAUGUGAGUACUUCACACUAUCUUAACUUAAGCGGGUUUCCCAUAUUUUAGAUAGUUCCUUUAAAAUAGUAACAAUGAUAAUUCUACACACAUACUUUUACAGAAUGUAAUUCAUACUGUGCUGCUUUGAGGGCCUUAUAGCAGAAAACUUGAGAUGUGCAUAAAAAUGAUAUAUAUAUUUCCUUCAAUUUUCUUUAGGGUGAAGAGCAUGACAAGUGGACAAUGCAUUUUGAUUCUUUCAGGAAUCACGCUAAUUCAUUUUCACAAUACCCUUUAAAUACAACGUAUAAAAAGCAGCCUGAAAUUUUUCAACUUUUACCUGAACCCCAGAACCAGACUGCUUUUACACCUACAACUUCAUGUCAUCUCACACCUUCAGAAGUGGAGAUUUCAGGAAAGGCAAUUGGAAACAUUUCAGAGCCAAAUCAGAAAGCCAGGUGAAUGCCCCUCUUGGGUUUCCCAAAUUGAUGCCAACAUUUCAUUAGUAUAAUAAAUUAUAAUGCUGUUUGCUCUUUGGAAAUCAUUCAGUACAUUUGUUUUGGAUUUAGUUAGCAUUCUCUAUUUAUGUGCUAAACUUUAAAAUAAUUUUCUUCAGAGGAGUUUUAUUUCAUUAAAAGUCAGUAAAUAAAAGUUUAGAUUAAAUAUUAUCACUGUAAUAACAGAUGUGCAGAAAUGUUCUGGGUGGGUUUUUACACUGUACAAUAUGUUGAUAUUGUUAUAGGCCAGAGUUUGUGGGUACAAGUUACCUACAAUUCUUGGAUUUAGUAUAAAUUAAAAUUAAUUUAGGUUUGACUAAACUUUGCCAGACACGGAAACCUCUAGAUUCAGCUUAUGCUAAAUGAUCCAGGCCAUCUUGGCAGAGCUAGCUGAGUGUGGGUCAUUGGAGGCACAGGGACCAAUGAUGGCCAGUCUUUAGCCCAUUAACUCUCUGGGCAGGACAGAAAAUGGGAAAAGCCCUCCCUGAGGUGAAAAAUAGUAAGCAGAGACAAAAGACCAGUGUUUCAGGAUAGAGGGGCAGAAUUGCAGUGGGUGAUGAGGUAAGCAAAGAGGAAAAGGGGUUAGUUUUGCAAGGUGAAGGGGGAGCACAUAGCAUGAGGUGAGCAAUCUGUUUUGUGCUGCAAAGAGGGGCAAACACAAUGUGCAUGGUCCCUUGGAAUCAGAGGCUGCAGUAAUAGAAGGAACAGGGCCCUCUUGGGCUGUAAAUGCUCUGCACUCUCUUCAUCUGGGCUCACAUUCUAUAUAUGUGCAAAUAAACCAAAUAUCAUAAAGACACCACAGUCUCUACUGUGCCUCAUUGUCCAAAAGGAAGCACAGACUCUGGGUAAGAGCCUGGACCCCUGGAAUCUUGCACUGCUGUGAAGACUGGGGUGUUGUGUAGCAAUGUAUUUACUUAAAUUACGAUGUUUGUGUCUCUAAAUGCUUUUCUGUUGACAGUUUCCUUCGCUCAAUGACUGCCCUCCUGGAUCCUGCUCAAAUUGAGGAGAGAGGAAGGAGACGGCAAAAACAAUUAGAACAUCAGGUUGAUCACUAACUUCUAAUGUAGGGUUUUGUGUGUGUUUAAUUUCCUGUUUUUUCUAUUAAAUGGAAGAAAACAUUAAAACUUGACCGAAAACAUAAACUGAACAAGCAGUGAGAGGAAGUGUAAUGAUGUAGUUGGGCUUGGAUUGUAGUUAGAACCAUGACAGACAGCUUCUUUUCUCUUAUCUGAUUAAACAAAUCUGGUGGUGAUUUUAGUAUUAUUGCUGUUGAGUUUAUUUUUAGAAAGAAAAGCUUGGGGUGUCUAUCAUUAAAAAACCUUCUUAAACAAUCAACUGACAAAACAUUAAAAAUAAUUAAAAACACUUUAACAUAUUAAAGAAAAGAACAGCAAAGGAAAUUAAACUAGUUGAAUGGAAUUUUCAUUUUUCUUAGAAGAAAUCACUUUCAAUAUUUGAAACAUUGUUUUAUUUAUUUAUUUAUUUAUUUACAGCAUUUCUAUCCUACCAUUCAUCCCAAGGUGCAGAACAAGUUACAACAUAGUGUAAAAUAUACAAUAAUAUUGAAAUAUAUAACUUACUAAGUUUGAAAAUGCAUCCAUUUCAAAAUGCCUCUCAUAUAUGAAAAUAAGACAAGGAUAUAUUUUUCCUGUGCUACCCCUUAAGCCUUCUAUUUAGCCAUAUGUCAAAACACUACAAUAUAGAUUUGAAAAUGUUUCUCUGACUUUUGGAGCUGAAAAAUUGGGAUAUCUUGCUAUGUUAUGUUUUAAAAGCCCCUAGUCCUAGAUAAACAUAGUACUUUUAGUCAUAAUCCAGAUGUAGGAAUUUAAAAAAAAAACCAUGGUAAUGAUACAAUAAGAAAACAGAUAGAAAAAUAUAUACUAGGAAAUAAUUCCAAAAAAGUAUAACAUUUAGAGGAUUUUUUUGUAAAUGACAUUUGAUCCCUAAUUCCUAAGAGCGUUUUAUCAUCAAUUUGAUUUUUCUAGAAAGCCAUAAUGGCUCAAGUGGAGGAAAAGCGGAAGAAAAAACAACUUGAAGAGGAACAAAGGAAACAAGAAGAACAAGAAGAAGAGCGCCGACUUGCAAAAGAGCAGGAGUUAAUGAAGAAGCAGUUUGAAGAUGAUCUGCUCAAACAAAAGCAAAAAGAGGCAGGUUUAGUAUCUUCAGGUCCUUGGCAGACCCUGCUCAUCCAGGCUGGCUAUUGAAUUCUCCUGGACAGGAAGGAGAAUAAGAGGGCUUUCUUUUCCCAUUGCACCUUGCUUGAGCAACAAGCUCUGGUUUGUUCCUAUAACCUUUAAUCAGUCUUAACUUCUGGCUUGCUCUGUAAUCCAGCCUCUUGGCUUUUCCUUUGGUGCUGACUUAAUCUUCAUUUCCAACUACAGGCUUGUCCUGUGAAUUCUGGUUCUCAGCUCACCUCAGACUGCUGCCCACAGCUCAGCCCUCAUAUGCUGAGAAACCAAGCCACCUUAGUUGUUGCUAGGUAUGGUUACAAGUAAAAUCUACUUCCCCCAUUUCUCAGUAUAUAGAGAUGUUCACAUUCCUAUUUUUGAAAAGCUCACAUAAUAUGACAUAGAGGUAUGUCGUUCAAGAUUCUGUCUUGGUUCCUUCCUAAAUGUUCUUAUAUGUAUAUUUCCUUUAUCAUUUAGGAGAUAAUGACUGUUAAAACAAAUGAGCUAUACCAGACAAUGCAAAGAGCUCAAGAGCUGGCGCAGAGGUUAAAACAGGAACAGCGCAUUAAAGAUUUGGCUCAGAAGGGGCAUGAUAUUUCCAAACUGCAGAAGAAUAUUGGUGGUGGUAAGUAUCAGGUUUAGGGACGCGGGUGGCGCUGUGGGUAAAACCUCAGUGCCUAGGACUUGCCGAUCGCAUGGUCGGCGGUUCGAAUCCCCGCGGCGGGGUGAGCUCCCGUCUUUCGGUCGCAGCUCCUGCCCACCUAGCAGUUCGAAAGCACUCCUAAAUGCAAGUAGAUAAAUAGGUACCGCUUUAUAGCGGGAAGGUAAACGGCGUUUCCGUGUGCUGCGCUGGUGCUGGCUCGCCAGAGCAGCUUCGUCACGCUGGCCACGUGACCCGGAAGUGUCUCCGGACAGCGCUGGCCCCCGGCCUCUUAAGUGAGAUGGGCGCACAACCCUAGAGUCGGACACGACUGGCCCGUACGGGCAGGGGUACCUUUACCUAAGUAUCAGGUUUAAAUGGUGUGGGUUUGACAGAGUUGAUUUGUUGCUCCUUGAGAACGCCUCCCAAAUAAGAAUUGUUCCUUUCAGGAAUCUUAAUGAUAGAAUAUUUUCAAAAAUCCACCUUUCCAUAAAGCUUUUGGCACAACCCCCUAGUUGCCAUGCAAGUGGGGAACUUUUUUCGGCCUAUAAAAUGCCAUGCACAUUGAUGGCGUAGUAGUUCUUUCAUUCUUGAAGUGUGGUUAUUUAUAAUCCUUAGUUCAUUGAAUGAAAUUGGAAGUUUUUUUCAGGCCCUUAGAAAUUCUGAAGUACAUGUUUCCCUUUUACGUUAUCUUGGAUAUACUGUAUAUAUGUAAAACCUGAUAUUUAACAUAUCCUCAGUCAGGCUGGUUCAGUGAGAGCCAAAACAGAAGGCUGAAUUUUACAAACCCUUUCACACCUCCUAAAAUGUCUGACUCCACACUUUAGCAGUUUUUUCAGGAGGGACAUGAAGAGGACAGGGAAGAUGUUGGGAACUUUUUUCUGCCCACGAGGAUACAUUCACUUUCCUCCCAUCUCCACCCUGUCACAGUGAGAGUGAUUAGAGCCCUGUUUCUCCUCAAUUCUGGCUAUAUGGUGCCAUUAUGUCACUAUCUGGCUGCUUAGGCUCUUACUGUAAAGACCCAGAAGUUCUGGGUUUUGUUUGUUUUGCAGGAGCAUCAAAAGAACCAUAUAAAAGGGAAACAUACUGCUCCAAAGAGCCAUGAAAAAACACAGGAAAAAUUUAUCCAUGGUUAAUUUUUGGAGGGGGGGGGGAAUUUGCACCUCUUGGUGGCCUCCUUUACAGUGGUACCUCAGGUUAAGGACUUAAUUCGUUCCAGAGGUCCGUACUUAAUCUGAAACUGUUUUUAACCUGAAGCACCACUUUAGCUAAUGGGGCCUCCUGCUGCCGCUGCGCCGCCGGAGCACGAUUUCUGUUCUCAUCCUGAAGCAAAGUUAUUAACCUGAAGUACUAUUUCUGGGUUAGCGGAGUCUGUAACCUGAAGCAUAUGUAACCUGAGGUACCACUGUAUUUCCCAAACUUCCAUGAUGAAAUUUCAGACUGACUCUAUAGUCAGGAUGGGCAGAGAUCCUAUAAUCUAUAGUUCCUUAUUAACUCUUUUGAUUAUAAUUCACAACUCCUGUAUUUAGCAGUCCCUGUUAGUAAUGUAUGCGUUCAGACAAAGUUGUGAUUUAUGAACUGAUCUGUUUAUUUGAAACAUUAACUUUUGAGUGAUUAGCAGUAUUUGAAUACAUAUUUUAUUUCUUUCCCUUUAGGUGAUGUACCAUGUGAGAGUUACAGUACUGACCUGAAUGGCUUUUUUGAUACUCGUGAUAAUAAUGAUCACUGUUCUGGAGGGAACAGCAGUCUAAUGAAUCAGGAUGUCAAAACUAUUCUCUCUCCUCGGAAAGACACUGCUGUUCAGACAGGUAUACAAGUUAAUUAAUUGUUCCAUUAUCUUAUCUAUUGCCAGUCUUACCAUUUAUACUAGUAAAACAGUAAAUUUAGAUGGGGGGGGGGACGAAUCCCAUAUUCUUGCUCAUUAAUGAGGGACUGCUUCUUCAGACAUUCUUGAUGAAAUGAGAUUAGCAUUAAAUCUGGAGUGUGCUGUUAGGUGUAAGAGAAAAUCAGAUGCUAGUAAGUCUUUUCUCUGCAAGUUUAAGAAUAACAACUGAGGAGGAGCCAAGUUCACUUUGAUACAGUUGAUGAUAUUUAUUGGAAGAUUUACAUAUUUAAGAAAUUAGUGCAUUCAUAGUUAUCACCCAUUCUUGAAAUCAGUACAGCUUGGGGAUGUAUGGAGCAAGAUUACAAAGGAGUUAUAAGUAGCUUUUGAGAGUAGGACUACAGCAUGUAGGGAAAGAAUAUUGAUAAUAUAGUUUAAUAACAGAGUUUAAUAUAGCCCUGAUUAUAGAGCAUGCCUCUGAAUACCAGUUGUUGGGGGAGCUUAUUGCUCUACACCCACAGCAUGCCUCUCCCCUCUCAGUAACUGGCAUAGGGAAACUAGGACAGCAACACAAUUUAUAAUCACCAACACAAUGGACUUCACAUAGCACAAUCCUAUGGCUAUAUACUUGGAAGUACAACUGAGUUCAACAGGAUUUAAGUUUGUUUAGGUUUGCACCUUUAGUGUUUCAUUUCCUCCCCCUCAUUUUUGUAUUGAAAAGGAAAUAUAAGUACAGAUAUUAUACAUAUGCACUUGUGUUUUUCUCAUUAAUGCUAGAUAUUAAUUUAUAUAAAUAGUUCGUUAAAAUGCUCCGUUAGUUGAUUCCAAUAAUCACACACACACACACACAUAUGUAUAUAUGUAAAUUUAUUUUAUAUUCCUUAUCACAGCAGACAAUCAACAGAAUUGUUUGUACAUUUUAAGUUUUGCAAUGAAUUACCUAUUCAGUUUUAAAUGUUUACCUACUAAUUCUGAAUGUAUUUUCCUUGUUAUGUUGCUUGGCUGUGCAAAGAAAAAGGGAUACUCCCAUUUCAGUGAUGUUUAAAUAAACUUAAUAGGGAUACAGUAAAAUGAAUACUUGAAAUGCAAAUAUCUAUCAUUAUUUUUUAGAUAUUUUUAACAUUGACGUGCACCCUAAUUCUGAGAUUUGCACUAAGCAAACUGGGAAAGGAAGAGCAGACUGUGAAUCUCCAGGUAUUGCUGCAGAAUAUAAAGCAGACUUCAAAAGCAAAAAGUGCAAGAAAGAGACACAGUAUCUAGAUAAAAAUAAGAUUUCAGAAAAAGAGAAUAUUGUCAGCUACAGCAAUCUAUAUGAACAAUUUGCACAAAAACAGAAGCAAGGCAAGGCAAUUGAAAGGAAUUGGAAAAAACCAGACUGGAACAUAAACAAACCUUGCAAAAGAUAUAUCCCAGCAUCAGAAAAAUAUCCAAGAUGUAUGCAAAGGCAAAGGGAAGAAAAGAAAGCUAGACGACAAAUGGAACUGCUUCAGUUGGUUGAAAGAAAUAGUCCCGGAAAUCUCACUCAAAAGAAAGGCAUUUCUCCAGAUGAAUCCCCCUCACUUCAGCAUGAAUGUGAUGUUAAGAAUAAGGUGAGUACAUUGAGAAACAUGAUAAUAUUGUACUCAAAAGGCCAAUACUGUACUCCACCAUUUGUUUCUUCUAUGGAUUUUAAUAAUUUCUUACUGCAAACACUCUGGACAGAUGUUGAUAGGACAGUGCCCAACAUGGUGCCAGACUACUGCCCAUCUGAGCACCAUCUUGAUCAUGAUCAUAUAUAAUAAAUUAGCAGAUUAUUUCUUCCUUUUCUUCUUUUAAUAUUGUAAGGGCAUGUAACCCCGCCCCCCAAACAUUAAAAUAAGACCGCUAUGAGAAAAAUUCACAAGACCUUGAGUUUUCUCAUAUAAAUAAUCCAUGUCCUAAGUGUAUCCUAACAGAGGCCUGUGGCAGUCUUGCAUCUCAUAUACUAUAGCAACCACUAGCAAUGAAUAUGCUAUGUUGGGAAAGAAUCCUAGUUGUGUCCUUGGAAGAUGCAGUGUCCCUGCAACAGAGAUGCAAACCAGAAGGGAAGAGCUGCUGACUAUGUACAACAAGUGAGAAACAAACUGCAUUUAUUACAUAGUAAAUUGAUUAUCCAGAAAGGCCCUUAGGCCUUAGGUCCCAAGACUAUUUACUGGGAACUGUUAUGUUGUGCAAACAUGUCUUUAUGCAAUAUGUGCACCCAGAUUUCAUAUUUUGGUAACUUUCAUUUCACGUAUAAUUUAAGUGUGAUGAGUUAAGACUUCCAAUGUUGUGCAAGAAUUUAUAAUAUUCUAAGAUACUGUUUGGUCCAAAUAUCCAUAAAAUGCUGUUAUACCAAUCACACACUAAUGUCUGAUCUACCUUGCAGGAUUGUUCUGUGGAUAUGAGGAGAUAACCUUUAUAUCUGCCAUCCUGGGGUACAAUAUAAUUACGAACUAAAAUGGGGGGGGGGCUGGUCUUGGCCCUCCAGAUGUUGCUGGACUAUAGCUCCCCUCUGGCAGAAGCUGGAGUCUAGCAACAUCUGGUGGGCCAUAGGUUAGCCACCCCUAACUCAAAUUUGACAGGUAGGGUGAGGAGCUGAAGAGCUCAAGUCCUUUUCAGAGUUCUAUCCCCACCUGCACAUAGUGCAGUUCUCAGCCUUACCCUAAAUUCUGUGCCAUUUUAGUCCCAUAGGCCUUGGGGAGAAGCCAGCCCUUGUUUGUAUAGCCCCAUCCCUUCAUCCUGGCUCCUCUUUAUAUCAUACCAAUGAGAGGAUGUUUAGAGAGUGACACAUUACCAGCAAUAAGGUUUUAUAAGUGUGUGUGAGUGUGUGUGUGUGUGUGUGUGUGUGUGUGUGUGUGUGUGUACAGCCUUUGGUAUGUACCAUAGGAAUUCCAAAGAAAUUUUAAAUGGUGCUUUAAAAAACUAUUCAAAGGGGAGAAAAAGCAAGCUCUCUGAAUUAUUAACUGCAAAAUACAGAGGGUGAGAAGCUGCAUCUUAUUUACUUAUUUUGGUCUUAUUUUAGGAAGAACAAUCACCAGAAAACCACUUAGGCGAACAAAGGUAGGUAUCUCCUUCUCUAGUAAAGUAUUUAAUGAUUUCUUUAUUUAUUUGGAGUACAGUGGGUUAACCACCAUCGCGGCUAGCCCCUCAUACUGGUCCUGGGCAAUAUACCAAUACAGUAUAUCACCCAGGCCUACUCUAUAGCAUCCUCAUUAUGCUGUUUGGCAGAGCUUUUCUGUGUAGUAUGAGGCCUUUUACAGUCUGGCCCAAAGGAAGUAACACAACUGAUGGAAGCUUUUGGUAACUGGUGUGCAAAGCACUUUGAGGAUAAAAUUGCUGGCAUCUGUCGGGACCUUGACUCCACUGUUGCAGCAGAUGAAUCUCUAGGGGUGUCCAGAGCACUGUCUAGUCUUGUUGUGGUGGAUGAGUUUCAACUGGUAAGACGCGAAGAUGUGGACAAGGUGCUUGGGUCUGUCAGGCCAGCCACUUGUGCUCUGGACCCUUGCCCCUCUUGACUGAUAAAAUGUAGCAGGGAGGGGAGGUGAUGAAUGUGUCCUGAAGAGAGGGGGUGCUCUGCUUGCUUGAAGGAGGCAGUGAUAAGACUACCUGGGUUUGAAAAAUCUAACUACUGACUAGUAGCCAGUCUGUCUUUGAGCAGGUGGUUGUGGAACAGAUCCAGGUGUUCUUGGAGGAAUCUGAUUUUCUAGAUCCAUUUCAGUCGGGGUUUAGGCCCAGUAUUGGCAUAGAAAAUGGUUUAGUCAUCCUGUAUGACGACUUUUGAUGCGAGACAGGAGAAAUGUGCUCCUGUUCAUUCUCCUCAACCUCUCAGUGGCUUUCGAUGUCAUUGACCAUGGCAUCCUCCUGGAGCGGCUGACCAAGUUGGGGCUGGGUGGUACUGCUUUGCAGUGGUUAUGGUCCUACUUAGAUGGUCAUUUUCAGAUGCUUAGGGAAUGCUCUGCAGUCUAGUGGAGCCUUCAUUGGAAUGCUCUCCCCAGCGAAGUUUGCCUGGCGCCUUCAUUAUACAAAAACAUUCCUUUUUAACCAGGCCUUUAGUUGAUUUGACAUCCUAUGUCCUUUUAAAAUGUGGAGGCUUGGGGGGAUAGUUGUUGGGUGGUGGUUUUUAUUUUGAUUAUGUAUUUUGUGAUUUUAUAUUUUGAUUUUAUUCUGUGAACUGCCCUGAGACCUGCGGGUAUAGGGCAGUAUAUAAAUUCAAUAAAUAAUAAUAAUAACUGUGGGGAUCCUCAGGGUUCAAUUCUUUCCCCUAUGAUGUUCAACAUCUACAUGAAACUGCUGAGUGGGUUAUCCAGAGUUUUUGAGUACAUUGUCAGCAAUAUGCUGACAAGUCUACUUCAGCUUCUGCAGGUGUGGCAGUGGAUAUGCUGGACCGUUGUCUUGCCUCAGUAAUGGGCUGGAUGAGAGCCAACAAGCUGAAACUCAAUCCAGAUAAGACUGGGCAUCUCCCUAGACUGGAUGGAUAGAAAGUGUCCUGCUCUUGAUGGGGUUAACACUCUCUGACGGAGAAGGUACAUAGCUUGGGAGGACUUCUGAAUCCUUUGCUAUCGCUUGAGGCUCAGGUGGCCUUGGUGACAUGUGCCGUCCAUCAGCUUCAGCUGGUGGCCCAGCUGCACCCCAUCUGUACAGGGAUAGCCUAUGCUCUGCUAACUUCUAGGUUAGAUUACUGCCAUGCAUUAUAUGUGGGACUGCCUUUGAAGAUGAUUCGGAAACUUCAGCUGGAAAUUGGAACAGAAUUUGGUGGCCAGGUUGCUUGAACACCAUUUUCUGGUUUCUUCCAAUACGAAACAAUCAUCAUACGGCCCUGAAAUAUCAGACCAGAGGAGCGCCACGGUUUUCUGUGUAAUCAAAAUUCAACAAUUUGAGACAAUCUAAUUUACAAACAUGAAGUUACAGCUGAUGUUCCCUGGUUGGCAUGCAGGAUGCGUCUGGAGUACAAUGAGUUACAAUGACUACACCACCGUCUAGGAUUGGCAAGGACACAUGAUCAAACUUUGACUACUCAACCAGUUCCUGAGGCUGCUCCAAUUCCUUUCCUGCCUCGCCUUGGGACAGAGCCCUUUUCUUGGAAUUUUGCUAGUGUAAUCUUUCAUGGUUCUCAGGAGCUCCCUUCUGCAGAACUACCUUGUUCUCUUUCACAUCCUUGCCAGGUCCAUAACUUUCUUUUAAAAAAUGGGUAGCAAACCCCUCCUCAGCUUUCCUUCCUCUUCUUUGCUUUGGCUAUGGCUACACUUGCACAUUGAACACCCCUGAGAUGUGUGGCUGUUUUUAAGGGAGUGUUUGCUCCAUGUAGGCCUUAAGCGAGACCAGCCCUGCCUCCCUUGUGACCAAAAUUAUGAAUAUUUUGGAUUAUAAUGAGUUUGUAUCAAAAUAUUGCUUGCUGAAUUUAUUUUUGCCUUAUAUCAUGUGUUUGUAUCGAAUUACAUUGAUAUAAACAUUCACCAAUUUCCAAUGUUGUUAUUCUGAGCCUUGAGCUCUAUACUUGGUGGAAAAGCAGAAUCCAAAUAUUAAAAGUAAAACAAAAAGCAAAUAAAAUGCUGGUAUCUGGAAAACAAUGUACAGAUCUGCAAAGGGUGGGGUCUGGUAGCUGCUCAAGUAGAUGCAGAUACACAUGCAUUCUUGUUUUAUUCAGAUCAAGACAAUGUGUCACCACACAAACUUGCCUAUGCCUGAUGCUGCUGGCCUUUUUUGGUGCAGAAAUACAUACAGCUGUUCAUUUCUCAGAGGCAGUAGGGAAAAUAGAUGGAGACUCUGGUUCUCACAUUGUUUUCUUCCGCACUCCAAUCUCCAGCAGCACCAUCUUGGACCAGGUUGCUCACUGCAGCAACAAGUCAGCAGAAAGUCUGUACAUUCCAACUGAGGCAUGUAAUGGCUACCAAGACUGCUCCUUGCUCCACCUGAGAACACAAAGUCAGUUCCAACUACAGAUUCACUUACUGGAGAGCGCUGAUCUUCCCAUGUUGGCAGAAUAGGCUUCUGUUCCCCGCUCAGUGGAGGUGGGAUUGCCAAGCCCAGCUCUACAGAAUGGGGUACAAGCUUCUAUUCCCUCCUUGGAAGAGAAGACUAGAUCAUCAAGCCGAACUUUACCAAACGUGGCACAAUGCACUUCCAUUCCCUUCUUGGUAGUGGUGGGACUGUCAUGUCUAGCUUCACAGAAUGUGGCAUUAGCAAUGUCCUCCACUUUGGUCCAAGAGAUUACGGCAGUAGUUUUCAGUGAUCCAAUUAUUUGGGUCCCAGACAGCCUCCCAAAAGAAAGGUCAAUCCUGCUGCAUUGCCUCUUCUCUCUACCUCAGUGGCCUAGAAGGAGGAAAAAGAAGUAAACGAUAUAAGGUAGUUUUGCUCUAACACACCAAGAACUUUAAAGCCUUUAGCAACCCCUCACCUUAUUCCUUUGCAGGAUAAGUGUAGGGUUCUUUUUAUCCUCACUGGCCACCUCCUGGCUAUGCCACAGGUGCACCUGCUCAACUUACGGGGUCCUGGAUCAGCUAGGUUCCUUAUGCUCUCUCAGUCCCUCCUGUAUGGUGAUAACUCAUGGGCUUUCUCAGACAGGGAAAAGGAAGAAUGGGCUGACACCAGCCAGGUGAAAAACACACAAUCUUGUAUGUUGUUUAAUUCUGAUUAUUUUCUCCCAUUACUUUCUAAGGUUUGCCCUGUCAGGGCCUUCAGGCAUCAGUGGCUGUCUAGCCAACACCGAAAACAGGAUAGCCAUUUUGUACAGCAUCAAUUCAGUCUCUAUACUGAAGUGUGAAGUGGCAAGUGGAGCCAAGUGGGGUUAACUAGGAAGAAACCGCUUUGAUUUUUUAAAAACAAGCGGUCUAUAAAUUUUAUGAAAUAAACAAAUCAAUCUCUUCCCCAGACCUCUGGUUUCCUUUCCCCCCCUUGCACCUACAUCUUUUGAGGCUGGAUAAAAUGGGUGCCAUACUGGGAUUUUGGAAAUCGUAGUUAUCAUUCACCACCCACCACAGGAGUUCAUGAAUCUCCUUCCUCGUCAUUCAGCCCAGAAGUACCAAGGGUUAAGGUCAGGGAGUAGGGCUAUUAAAAGUUUUGUACUGAGCAAUAUCUAAACACUGCAGAAUGGACAGUAACCUCCGAUAGGCAAGUUGCAAGGAGAUUCACUCCAGCCUUUUUGAGCAACAUGUUUAUAUUCUGCCCUUCCUACCAAAGGAGCCCAGGCAGCAAACACAUCAAUAAAACAUUAUUAAAUAAUAUCAUUAAUAACAUCCUAAAAACAGUUAAAAACCGUCAUUCUCUCAGCCAAUGAUUUCAGGGUUGCCAGGAACAGUAUCUUACAACCAUAAAAUACCUGAGUAAACAGUAAUAUUUUUAAAUUCCUUCUGAAAGACAAUAAUGAGGCGAACAGAUGCACCUCGCCAGGGGGCGCAUUCCACAAGCACAGAACCACCACUGAGAAGGCCCUGUCAUAUAUCACUGCCAACUGAGCAACUCUUAAGUGGCAGCACCACCAGCAAGGCCUCACCUAUCAAUUGUGGGUCAGGAAUAUUGGGAAGGUACUGUGGUCCCAAGCCAUUUUAUGCUUUGUAUGCUCUCUGGCAGCUAGUGUAGCAGUUUCAGGACCGGUGUCAUGUGGCCCCACUGGGCUGCUGCAGUUCAAGAGGAGCAGCUGCAAUCUAUACUAGCUGCAGCCUUCAAACUGCCUUCAAGGGCAGGUCCACAACCAAUGCAUAACAAUAGUCCUGACAGGAGGUCAUCAGAGCAUGGGCAAUUGAGGCCAGGCUAUCCCGGUCCAGGGACAGCUGUAGCUGGCGAAUCAGCCUAAGAUGGGCAUAAACACUCCUUGCCACAGAAGCCACUUGAGACUUCAGUGACAUGUUGAAAUCCAGGAGCACGCCCAGACUACAAACUGUUCUUUCAGGGGUAGUGCAAACCCUCUCAUCACAUCCCUAGACACAGGAACCAUCCAACAAGAGGAAAAGAAGCCUUCAAGCUACCUGUUAGUCAUUUCUGUCCCCUUAAACAGCAGCUUAAACAGAAAUUAUUAGGAACACACAAGUUCUAAAGGGAUUCCAGAGAAAAGGUCGAUUGGGAACUUUCAGCUGGCCGGUUUCAAAACGCAGAGGAAGGAUAUUGUAUAAAAUUCACAGGUGUCUAAUAGGUAUGGUCUUCCUCCACAGUGCAGAUUCAGAGCAAAACAAAACAGAUUUGGGUUCUAAAAAAACCGACCCCCCACCCCCAAAAACCCCAGUAUCUUAUUGGAUCUCAGCAUUCUGUGUAGGUAUCUCUUCCAACACAGCAUUCAGGUUAUAGACUAAGUACUUAGUCAAAAUACAUUCUCGGGUAGAGGCAGCCUUUGCAAAGUGUCCUGCAGCAAGUGCUGCCAACCAACCACCUGAGUAGGUCCAGCCUGAAGUAGAAUUGUUGGCCUGAGCAUCCAGGAUCCUCCUGCAUGGCAACCACCAGUUAAUGGAACAUUAGUUACUUAAGGUUCUGUCCUGUGGACACACAGGAGGAAUCCAGCCCCAAAUAUGCUAUUCAGACGGCUGCAAUACAGCUUGUACAGUGGGAAAGUGUCUCAGAAGCUGGCUGGUUAGUCAAAUGUUUGACCAUCUGUCCCUGCCUGUCAUAUGUAGUGAGUGACUGGUGGUGGUGAGUUAACCCACUGUAGUGUAGAUGCUUCAUGCACACCCACCAGAAGGAAUUUUCAUGUCACCAAUCUUUCUGCCACAACCGUCUUGAUUAUUACUGAAUGUCCAAAAUCGAUGUAUAUGAAAACAUAUGGCCGUCUUCACUUUUUAGUUCUAUAACUAAAAAUUCAUCGCAAAUGUAUUUUGUGUUGAACUCUUAAGAAUUCCCCUGAACAAGUUUGUUAAAAUGUGUGUUUUUUCUUCCUGUUUAUUCAAGUGGGAAGUUUGCAAUCCAAACCUGCCGUUGCUAUGGCCGCGCCAAUUGGAAAAGAUAUUGCAACCCAACCAUUUAGGAGGGUGGUCAGGCAAACUGAGCCGAAUACCUGUGUGCCAGCUUCGUGCUAGUGCAGCAAUUGGGCUCAGUGCUGGCUGACAAUGGCUGUGAGAGCAGCUUGGCUCAUGUAGCCCAGGCUGGCUCAGCCUUGCCCUCAGAAUGGUCCUUUUUGGGGUUCUCUGCCAGACUCUGCUGGUGGGGAAUACUACACUUUUGGUGGGAGGAAGGGGGAGGUCUGUGCUGGUUGGAGGGAGGCUGAGUUAUCAGAAGCAAGCAGAGGAUUGCCUCCACACAAUCCAACAUCCUCUCCCCCAAGUACAAGGGGAUUUGGACUGCAGUCCAAGGUACAUUGUCCUAUAAAAACAAUGUCCCAAAGGAAACUUUUGCUUUUUAAUAGUACGCUGCAUGAUCUGUUCCUAUCUCACUGGUGUCUCCCAUAUUUCAUACAGUUGUACAGCAGCUCUCGCUUCAUGGCUACUGAUUCACCUUCCUAUAUGCAGCAACUAUAAACAUGUUUCUCCGCCUUAUUUUGCUGAAUCUCUAGAAGCAACUGAUGGAACUCUUUAAUGGACUGAUGUUCUAGCAAAUCUGGCUGAACUUCACCUAUUCUACCUCAUAGGGUUGUGGGGAUAAAAAGGGGAUUAUAUAUAUGCCACCAUAUUAACUCCUUGGAGGAAAAGCAGGAUAUAUUUGUACAGUGGUACCUCGGGUUAAGUACUUAAUUCGUUCUGGAGGUCCGUUCUUAACCUGAAACAGUUCUUAACCUGAAGCACCACUUUAGCUAAUGGGGCCUCCUGCAGCUGCUGCACCGCCGGAGCACGAUUUCUGUUCUCAUCCUGAAGCAAAGUUCUUAACCCAAGGUACUAUUUCUGGGUUAGUGGAUUCUGUAAUGUGAAGCGUUUGUAACCUGAAGCGUAUGUAACCCGAGGUACCACUGUAUUAAGUAAAAAAUACUGGGUUUAGGUAUGUGGUGGGCUGCUCAGGUAAGUUAAAGAUUUAAGGGAGAAAAUAAAGCUUUAAAAGGACUUGACUCAGGUAUACAAUUAGUAUCUCAGUUGUUUUGUUGAAGACAAUUCAACAAACAAGAAAAAAAUAAGAAUUCAGAACCUCCCAUAUGCACAACUUAAUAUUAACACUUUUUUAAAAAAAGCUUUUUGCUUGCGAAACAGGUCUGAAGGUUAUUGUUGUUGUUUUAAAACAGAUCUGAAUCGCCACCCGUUCCAGCAGUUAAAAACAGAUUGCCGCAGCAAAUAAAGACUCCUGAUGAUGGAAGAGAGAAAAGUACCUAUACAGAUAAGCAUCAGAAUGAAACACCACCUCAAAGUGCUGAAACUGAAAGGCCACCUUCUUCUCACUUUGUUCCUUACGUGCGAACAAAUGAAGUGUAUUACCUUGAUCCAGAUGCACCCAUGACCAGGCCUUCAACACAUGAUCCACAAUAUCAGCAGCCAAACGGUACUACAAUACAAAGUUAAAGAAAUGCCUUUGAUUAAUGAAUCGUAUACCAUUGCACAGAACUUAAAUGUUUUUUUCAAAGAAGCCUUUGUUCUAAUGAACAGCUUCUAGUACAAAACUGCAAAAUAAAGUAUCAAUCCAAGAUAACAUCUAAAAUGUUUGUCUAAUAAUAAAGAUAUCACAAUGUACCAAUGUAUUUUAAUUUCAAAAUGUUGAUGGAAAAUGUCUUCUUUUAGAACCUUAUAUACAUACUGCCUUCUUUCCAGAUCCAUUUGAAGUUAGAACCGUCUUUAAACACUGAAAAUAUUAGUCUUGCAUAGUACUACAAAAAAGUAAGGCUGAUUAUUUUCAUUCCAGUUAAUCUCAUCUAUAUUUACUUUUAGAUGCUUGCCAUACACCACGACAGAUUUUUAGCUCCGAUCACAUAAGGGAUCCACUUUUUAAUCCCAAUGUGGUGAGAGACAGACAGCAGGCCAUACUCAAAGGACUUUCAGAACUGCGACAGGUACUGUAUUAGCUGGAUUGAUCAUUUAGUUUGAUAGGUAUUCCAUCUUUCAUAAAGAAACAAUUCUUUUCUGAUCCUAACCUCUUAGCAUCUGGUUGUCUUCACAGUCUCUUUGUAUCCUCUUGGGAGGGUAUUCUCAUGUAAUGGGGGCAAUCAUGGAUUAAUUGGUAUAUAUUUAGUUUUUAUUAUGUUUAUUUUAAACAGCACUACCAUUAUUUAUUAAUUGGUAACUAUCUAAAAUCUAAUUAAUGGGCAAUAAAAUAUAAUGUCAGGUGUUGAUCAGCUCUCAUGGGCAUACACGUUAUUUUCUCAUUCUAUAGUUACUUUAUGCGUACACACAAGAGCCUUUCUACAUAUUGCACAGAAUUAGAUGUGGAAUUGUGGAUUGUGCAGGUUUUUUUCCACAGGUGGAUAGAUGAUGAAAUAUUUUUGACACUGAGGAGGGUUUAUAAAAAAAUUAGCUUCCCCAGAAACUGCAAUUGAAAGUGGGUACAGUCCAGAUAUUUCCAGCACCUCAUUCUGUGUAAUAUGUAGAUUUGGCUUUGAGAACUUUCCAUAAUUCUUGUAUCCAAUUUAUUUUUCAGUUGAACGUUUGACAUGGUUAUGAAAUAUACUGUUUCAGACACCCUAAAUUUUACUUUGAAGAAAACAUACUUUUGUUGCUUAAGUAGUAAAUGAACAAUUUAUUUUUAAUGUAUUUUUAACCUUCUGUUGGAAGCCGCCCCGAGUGGCUGGGAGACCCAGCCUGAUGGGCCGGGUAGAAAUAAAUUAUUAUUAUUAUUAUUAUUAUUAUUAUUAUUAUUAUUAUUAUUAAAAGGACAAUGAAACUUACUCUGGUAUUAGUUUGCUUGCAGCAUCAGUAAAUCAGUGGAUGACUAAUAACUGGCAAUCUACAUGCUGGCUGCUGUAAGAGAGGGAAUGUAAAAUUAUGCUGUGUGUAUAAGUUGCUAUUUUAAAAGAUUUAUAUAGGUACAUCUUUUCCACCAACAUUUUGAUUACUGCACAGCUGACAAUUGAGUUGAAUGUUUUCUUCCUCUCAGUCACAUUAUUUUUAUAAAAUCAUUUACUUACUUGAUUUAGACAGGGGUUGUCAACCUGGUCCCUACCACCCACUAGAGGGCGUUUCAGGAUUCUAGGUGGGCGGUAGGGGGUUCUACGGCACAUGUUACUGCAGCACUGGUGGGCGGUAAGGAAAUUUUACCAUCAAGAAAGAUGCAUUAGUGGGCGGUAGGUAUAAAAAGGUUGACUACCCCUGAUUUAGACCCUAUCUUUCAGUCCAAGGUCCCCAAGUCAUUUAUGAGGAUUGUUUUGUCAAAGGUCCAUACAUUUAAAAGGACAUGUGAAAAGUUUUUCAUUUCCUUCUGAAUUCACCGUUUAGUAUUCUAAUGUGACUACUGCACAGCCCUUCUCUGUAUAUUUUAGACUUAUAUCCUUUUGACCAGAAUGCCCAAAGUAGCUUGUAACAUCCAUAAAAUGCAAUUGUUACAAAAGCUUCUGAUUUAAAAUACCAUAAAACAAAUGGAAUGGGGGUGAACUCCUUAGAAAUACUGAAUUCAUUACAUCAAUGGAUUGGAUCCAGAGAUUCCCCAUCUUGAAAUGGGGGUGCAGAAACUUAGAUCCAGUGGAGGGGCUUUUGGUGAUGCCCCCUUUCCUGAAAAUCUGCUCCAGUGGGUUGGGGGAUCCUCCAGGACAGCGUGGCAGAUGGCAUGAGGACUGCUGGGGGAAGGAGGAACCAAUGAAUAUCACCUCCCACUUUUGCCUAGCAGAGCAUUCAGUUAGUGGAGUUCCGCCAAGGACAUGCCUGGAUCCAACUUUAUGAUUCUGUAUUACAUUUAUACUUUGAAAUAUGCAUCUUAGGCUGGAGCAAUUUGUCCAGUUCUGAUGCAAUUCUGAAUCCCAUAUAGCAUAAUUACUAGUAAAAGGUAAAGGGACCCCUGACCAUUAGGUCCAGUCGUGGCCGACUCUGGGGUUGCGGCGCUCAUCUUGCUUUAUUGGCCGAGGGAGCCGGCGUACAGCUUCCAGGUCAUGUGGCCAGCAUGACUAAGCAACUUCUGGCAAACCAGAACAGCACACAGAAACGCCGUUUACCUUCCUGCCGGAGCGGUACCCAUUUAUCUACUUGCACUUUGACGUGCUUUCGAACUGCUAGGUUGGCAGGAGCAGGGACCGAGCAACAGGAGCUCACCCCGUCGUGGGGAUUCAAACCGCCAACCUUCUGAUCGGCAUCCUAGGCUCUGUGGUUUAACCCACAGCGCCAGCCAUGUCCCAGCAUAAUUACUAGAAGUGACCAUAAAAAGGUCAUUGGACCCACUGUUGUAAUUUUCUUUAAUUAUUAUUUGGAUUUAUAUCCCACACCUCACCCCAUGGUCAUAGGGAUGGUUACAUCAGUAGAGGUAAAAACAAAUUAAAAACAAUAUAUAAACAUUAAAUAUUGAGAAUCAACACACACAUACAUAUAUAGUCACAUAUUUUGUAAAACCUUUUUCUCUAAGACAAAGGAGUUGUGGAAGAUUUAGAAUUAAAAUCUCAGUUUGUUCAAAGAAUGAAAACAGUGGUUCCAUAAUUUUGCAUCAAUUUUCCGUCCAUCAGUAGAUAGUAGCUGCAUAUGCCUGUUUUGUUAGUGUUCUUAAGUAAUGAAAAGAAAUGUAUAUAGGAAGAAAUAUUAUCCAUCUUCUUUAACCAUCAUGAAUCUUGCUUCAGAGUGCAUGAGCCACACUUCCUUAGUUUCAUGGUUUACAUACAGUAGUAUUCAAGUUUUAGGAAACAAUUCCUUUCUCUCCUGGUGGUGCAAAAAUUGCAGGGCACUUUUUCCUCAGUGAAGUCUUCGAGCCAGGUUUUUUCUCUGAGAAUCAAAUAGUCCAACCUCAUGUGACGGUUCUGAUUGCUCUAAUACAGGGGUUUCCACACUGUGGUCCACAGACUGGGUGUCCUGGAAGAGAAAUGCAGGCAGGGUACACCUAGGAAGGAGGAAGAUCACUCAAUGCAUUACUGAAGCUACAAAAUUGCUUCCGUGCCCUCAUCUCGGAUACAUAUUCUUGGCCAGAGGAGCAAGUACGUAGUUGCAGAUUUCAGAACACACCAAGGUGACAGUGGAAGGGACAGGGUACAGAAUGAUUCCUGCAGCUCCCCAGAGACUGAAGAGACUGGUGGUGACAUGUGACUCCCUUACGAAGGGGUACAGAGGCAGCAGUGUUUGGAGGAAUGACUGUUUCAGUUGUCUGAGUAUGAGAAACAAGCAAGAAGAACUUGAUCUCUGAAUACAGGAUGGUAACUAUGACCUAAUAGGCAUUACUGACACUUGGUGGAAUGAAACUCAUGACUGGAAUGUAGGAAUUGGGUGCAGCCUGGAAAAAAAAGUGAUUAAACAGGAAGGGAAGAGUAGCAUUAUAUAUAAAGGAUGUGUACACUUGUGAAGAAAUGUGUCACUUAAAGUAUGGAAGGCAGAUUGAGAGUAGAUGGAUAACAACUGUAGGAGAGGGAAACAAUAGUAACCUUACUAUAGACCUCCAAGCCACACUGAGGACCUGGAUGAUGCCUUCCUAGAGCAGAUUACCAGAUGUUCAAAAAAGGAGAGAUAUAGUAGUCAUGGCAGACUACAAUUUCCCCAAUAUAUCUGACAAGAAUAUAAGGCACAACAAAUUCCUCAAUUGUCUUGCUGUCAGUUUUAUUUCCCAGAAGGUGGAAGAAGCAACAAGGGGGUUCUCUUGGACCUAGUCCUCACUAACAGGAAGGAACUGAUUCAUUAUACACAGACAAGGGAAAGCUGAGUACGGUUGAACAUGCACUCUGGACUUUAAGAAGGCUAGUUUCAACAAGCUUAAGGAACUACUGGAAGAAGCCCAAUGGUCAGAAAUUUUAAAAGAGAAGCGAGUCCAAGAUGGAUGGGAGCUUCUUAAAGGUGAAAUACUGAAGGCACAAAGGCAAACGAUUCCAACAACAAAGAAAAGUGGGAGACAACUAAAGAAACUGGCGUGGCUGCUUAAGGAACUUGCAGAUGAGCUGGGGUGUGAGAAGGGAAUUUAUAUGAAAUUAUAUGAACCCAUAAGGAAGUGUGUACUUGAGUAGCCAACACUUAGAGGGUGAAAGUCAGGUAGGCCAAAGCUCAGAAUGAGCUCAGGCUUGCAAGAGAGGUUAAAAAUAAUUUUUAAAGGUUUAUGCGGCUAUGUUUGAAGUAAGGGGAAGAACAAGCAAGUAGUAGGUCCUGUUAAGGGAGAAGACAGAGAAAUACUAUUGGGUAACAGAGAGGAGGAGUAACUUAACUGCUCAACACCUACUUUGCCUCUCUUCACCCAAAAGGAAAGCAGUGCCCAACCUGGUGAUAACAGAAUAAAUGAUACAAGGAGGGAGCUGCAGCCCAAUAUAGAAAAAGAGGUGGUAAGUGAACACCUAGAUACUUUAAAUGAAUUCACAUUUCCAGGGCCUGAGCAGCACCCAAGGGUACUAAGGGAGCUUGCAAUCUCAGUCUAUAAUCUUUGAGAAUUAUUGGAGAACAAGAAAGGUCUCUGUGGACUGGCGGUGGGAAAAUGUCCCUAUCUUCAAAGGGGGGAGAAGUCCCAGGUAACUGUUUAUCAGUUCGAUUGACAUUGAUACCAGGAAAGGUCCUAGAACAGAUAGUUAAAUAUUCGAUCUGUGAGCACAUAGGAAAGGAUGCUGUGAUAAGAAGACCCAGCAUGGGUUUCUCAAAAACAAGUCAUGCCAGAUGAAACUCAUUUGGUGGAUCUGGGGAAUGCUGUGGAUGUAGUGUAUCUUGAGUUCAGUAAGGCUUGUGACAGAGUCCUGAAUGAUAUUCUUGCAGAGAAUCUGGUAAAAUGUGAACUGGACAAUAUAACUGUUAGGUGGAUUUGUAGCUGGUUAACUGACCAAACCCAAGAGUGCUCACUAAUGGUUCCUCAUCAUUCUGGAAAAAAGUGACACGUAGGGUGUCACACAGUUCUGUUCUGGGGCCAUUGUUGCUCAACAUCUUUGGAAAUGACUUUGAUGAAGCUAUUGAGGGGGCGCUCAUCUAAUUUCCAAAGUGGGAGAAGCCACUGAAGAAAGAAUCUGGAUUCAAGAUGACCUUAACAGAUUGGAGAACUGGGCCCCACUAACAAACUGAAUUUCAAUAGGGACAAAUGUAAAGUUCUGUACUUAGGCAGGAAGAACCAGCUGCACAAAUAAAAGAUGAAGGGACACCUGGCUUGCCCGUAGUACAUGUGAAAAGGAUCUAGGGAUCUUAGUAGGCCACAAGCUUAGCAUGAGUCAGCAGUGUGAUGCAGCAGGGGUGGGGGAGCUAAUGCUAUAUUCUAGGCUGCAUCAACAGAAAUAUACUGUCCAGAUCAAGGGAAGUAAUAGCCCUACUCUAUUCUACCUUGAUCAGACCACACUGGGAGAGUAAUGUGUCACAGUUCUGGGCAGCACAAUUUAAGGAGGAUAUUGACAAACUGGAACAUGUGCAGAGGAGGGUGACCAAGAUGAUCAAGGGUCUGGAAACCAAGCUUUAUGAGGAAUGGUUGAAGUGGUUGGGUAUGUUUAGUCUGGAAAAGAGGAGAUAUGAUAGCCAUCUUCAGAUAGCCAAAGGAGAAUGGAGCAAGCUUGUUUUCUUCUGCUCUGGAGGGAAGGAUCCAAACCAACGGAUUCACAUUACAACAAAGGGGAUUCUGACUAAACAUAGGAAGAGCUUUCUGAUGGCAAACUCUAUUGUCCUCCAUAACAGUAAUAGAAUCAUUGAAUCUUAAGAAGAGACCCAAGAGUCAUCUAGUCCAACCACCUGCAAUGCAGUCUUCCUUGUGCAUUUUUGUUAUUUUUUGUGCUAUCAAGUAGAAAGGCUAUUUACCUCUGUUUGCUGUUUUGCACCCCUGACCUCAUUCUCUCAUCUCCUUUCCUAAUGCCAUUUAUCAGCAUAGAAAUAUGCCUGUCUUCUUCUGUCUCAUGUAUGGAUACCUAAGCCAGACAAAUGUCCACCUCUACACAAAAAGACCACAGCAGAGAAAGAGUGCCACAUGGGUAAAAUGUUUCUAGAAUAAAAUGCACUUCUUUCACUGAUUUGGUACUUUUAUAUGAGGAGAGCAGUAUAGACAAGAUAAUCUUUCCACUGCUUCAAAGCACUUGGGUUCAGAAGUUACUCUAGAGGCAAUACAGUGGUACCUCAGGUUACAUACGCUUCAGGUUACAUACGCUUCAGGUUACAGACUCCACUAACAGAGAAAUAGUAACUCGGGUUAAGAACUUUGCUUCAGGAUGAGAACAGAAAUCGUGCUCUGGCGGUGCGGUGGCAGGAGGAGGCUCCAUUAGCUAAAGUGGUGCUUCAGGUUAAGAACAGUUUCAGGUUAAGAACGGACAUCCGGAACGAAUUAAGUACCUAACCUGAGGUACCACUGUAGUUACACAUUUGCUCACUUUGUCUAGUUCUUCAUCUUAUGGUGGAAAGAGCCUCACUAUUAUGGCAACCCUCACUUCUAUACUGUAAUAGAGCUGCAGGAGAUGCUUGAAUAUAGUAGGAAUAAAUAACUAGAAUGAGUUGAGAGUUCAAGACAUUUUUGCUUCCUCUGAGAAUGAAUAUGACGUGUCCGUCAGUUCCAUAUACAGAAGCUGCCUGGCCUGUUAAGAUUUUACAUCAGCACUUGCAAAGGCUAGCUUAGGGGGCACACAGCAGACCACAGAGUGCGCAUAGCUCUAUUCUCCAGCACCACCCUCCAUGAGAAGGGCCUGCUGGAUCAGCCCAGUGGCCCAUCUAGUCCAGUAGCCUGUUCUCACUAUGGCCAACCAGAUGCCUGUGGGGAACCAGCUAGCUGAAAUGAACACUCUGCUCUUCCAAGGUUUCCAGCGGAAGCAUUGCUGCCUCCAAGGGUGGAGGCAGAGCAGAGCCACCAUGGCUAGUACUGACUGAUAGCCUUCUCCGUGAAUUUGUCAAAUCCUCUUUAAAAGCCAUCUAAGUUGGUGGCUGUCAGUUCAUCCUGCGGGAGCAAGUUCUGAAGGAAGUACUUUAUCUACCCUGAAUUUUCCAACAUUUCACUUUGAGGCGCACGAGUUCUUUAGUUAUGAGGGAGAAAAACUUUUCUCUAUCCACUUUCUCCACGCCAUGCAUAAUUUUAUAAACUUACACCACCUCGUUACUCACCUUUUCUCUAAACUAAAAAGUAAAAAAUGCUGCAAGCUUUCUUCAUAGGGGAAUCGUUUCAAACUCUCUAUCAUUUUGGCUGCCCUUUUCUGAAUCUUUACCAACUCUACAAUAUCCUUUUUCAGAUGUGACAACCAGAACUGUAAACAGUAUUCCAAAUACAGUCACACCAUAGAGGUGUAUAAUGGCAUGAUGAUGUCUGCAGUCUUAUUUUCCGAUUCCUUUCCUAACGAUCCCUGGCAUGGAAUGUGCCUUUUUACACUCACCGCAAACUGGAACAGUAUCUUCAUUGAGCUAUUAUGAGCAUUUAUAUGAAAUUAAGAUUUUUUUUUGCUACGACAUGCAUCACUUUACACUUGUUUAUAUUGAACUACAUUUUCUAUUUCACCACCAUUCAGUUGGGAGAGGGCUUUUUGAAGCUCUUUAUAGUCUCUUUUAACAAAUCUGAAUAAUUUAGUGUCAUCAGCAAACUUUGCCACUUCACUGCUCUCCCCUAACUCUAGAUUGUUUAUGAACAAGUUAAAAAGCAUAGGUUCCAUUACUGAACCUUGUCCACUGAUUCCUAUUCAUUGCUUCCCAAAACUUAAUUUCUUAUCCUCAAGAGGACCUCUCUUCUUCUUCCUUGAUUUAGAAGCUUACUUGGGAGUCUUGGUUAAAGUACUUUGUUGAAAGUCCAGGUACAGUUGUCAACUGGACCACCUUUAUCUACAUGCUUGUUGACACUCUGAAAGAACUUUAAUAAGCUCAUAAGACAGAACUUGGCUUUGCAGAAACCGAUGCUUCAAUGAGGCUUGUUCUUCUAUAUGGUUGGUUAUUUUAUCUUUAACAAUUUCCACCAGUUUUCCAGAACAGACAUUAGGUUAACUGGCCUUCCAUUCCCAGGAUCACCCUCCCCAGGAUCCAUUUUUUAAAACUGAUGUUACACUUGCUAUUUUCCAGUCCACAGAUAAGGAUGAACCAAGGGACAAUUUACAUAUUUUUGUUAGAAGACCAGCAAUUUCAUAUUUGGUCUCAAGGUGGAUGCCAUGCGGACCCAGCAAUUUUGUUAGUUUUUAUUUUGUCUAUUAGGCCUAGCACUAGCGGCCUUAGUUCCCCAGAUGCACCUCCUGCAAGGUUAGUUUGGGCACUGGGAUCUGCCCUAUAUUUUCUGUCAGGAAGACAGAUGCAAAGAAAUCAUUCAGCAAUCUCCUUAUCCUCCUUUAGCAUUCAUUUGACUCCUUUGCCAUUCAAAGGGAGUUGAAUGACUGUUUUCCUCGACUGUUUCCUGUUAUUUAAAGAACUUACUGUUGUUGGUUUUAAUGGUCUUAGCAAUAUGUUCCUCAAAUUCUUUCUUUCUUUUUAGCAUCCCUUCCUGUGUGCUUGCACUUUUUUUGUGUGCCAAAGUUUGUGUUCCUUUUUGUUCUCUUCACUUAUAGAAGACUUCAGGGUUGUUGUUUUUUUUACAGAAGUCUUCUUGCUUCUUGUAGGUACAAGUCAAUUGUUCUAAAACCUCUUAUUCCUUGAUUCUGUGUUUUGCUUUACUGCUUUUUAGGGGGGAAAUCUAGUUCAUGCGCUUUCAAGUCUCCUCACAAUAUGUUAACAAUUGUCUUCACAUCAGUGUAACUUAAAUUGUGAUUGCAUAAACCUCUAUGAACAGCAAUAUAUACUUCUGUAAGGAUUCUUCCGAAGAGUUUUUCCUCUGCUCUCCACGUUUUUAGGGUAGAAAUUAUAGUUUUUCCUCUUGGCCCUCUUUCCUACAGUGCCUGCGGCACUAUAAGAAAAUAGGGCAGGAGGUAGGAUAGCACUUUGCUUACAUUUUAACAGUAGGUAAAGUAGGCUGUAGUCAACAUAGCAGUAGCACUAAGGUAAAUGUUCCAUCAGUUCAACUUUCAUCAUGGAAUGUUCUCUCCCUCUCCAGACACACUACCUAUAUCUACUAUGCGUGUUCCCUCAAACCUCAAGCAGAUUUGGAGAUGGUGUGGGGCACAUAUUGGGGGAAGACAGAGGGAAAUCAUAAUAACUGAAAGAAUAAAAAACUGAAGCAACUUAUUUUAUAUUAGGAGCUAAUGUGCCCUUGAAUUUAUUCCCUAGUGAAUUUAAUAUUUCAGUAAUGUAAUCAAGAGCAUCAGAAAUAAUGUUCUGACAAUAAGAGCUGCUCGACAGUGGAAAAGUAUCCUUUGGGAGGUGGUGAACUCUCCUUGGAAGUUUUAAAGAAGAGUCUGGAUGGCCAUCUUUCAUGUAUAGAAUCAUAGAAUCAUAGAGUUGGAAGAGACCACAAGGGCCAUCAAGUCCAACCCCCUGCCAAGCAGGAAACACCAUCAGAGCACUCUUGACAUAUGGUUGUCAAGCCUCUGCUUAAAGACCUCCAAAGAAGGAGACUCCACCACACCCCUUGGUAGCAAAUUCCACUGUCGAACAGCUCUUACUGUCAGGAGGUUCUUCCUAAUGUUUAGGUGGAAUCUUCUUUCUUGUAGUUUGGAUCCAUUGCUCCGUGUCCGCUUCUCUGGAGCAGCAGAAAACAACCUUUCUCCCUCCUCUAUGUGACAUCCUUUUAUAUAUUUGAACAUGGCUAUCAUAUCACCCCUUAACCUCCUCUUCUCCAGGCUAAACAUGCCUGUUGAGAUUCCUGCAUUGCAAGGAGUUGGAGUAGAUAACCCUCAGGGUUUCUUCCAACUCUGGAAGUCUAUGAUCAUCAAAAUUCUUAGGUUGACAUGACAGACCAAAUGGAAAUGUGUGUGCCCAAUACAGGUUUGGCAAGCAGUAUACAGCUGGCAUGUGGGUUCUCUUCAAAAUUUCCAUGGUGGUUCAUUUCAAGAUAAAAUUGAUUGCAGCUUUUCUUAAACAAGUUUGUGUAUGAAUUAGCUAAAGCUUAGAUUUUGUUGGAUUUUUUCCUUAGUUGGUAGAUCUUUCCAAAUGUUUUAGGAGUCCUAUUGGUGGGUUACCAGCCAAAUAGAACUACGUAUAAUGCAGCAAAGAGUUUGAGGGGCUAAUUUCUAAGUAGGAAGAAUGCCAAUAGUUAGGUCUGAAAUGAAGAUUAAAGGUUAUGCAUUGUAUUCUUUAACAGAGCUACGAAUCUUAUCGGUCCUUCAGAAGGUACAAGUUUUCAUACUCUGCUGUGACCUUUAGUUCUUCAAAGAGUAAUUACAGUGGUACCUCGGGUUACAGACUCCGCUAACCCAGAAAUAGUACCUCAGGUUAAGAACUUUGCUUCAGGAUGAGAACAGAAAUCGCUUGGUGGCAGCAGCAGGAGGCCCCAUUAGCUAAAGUGGUACCUCAGGUUAAGAACAUUUUCAGGUUAAGAACGGACCUCCAGAAUGAAUUAAGUUCUUAACCCAAGGGACCACUGUACAACAAUGCUCAGUAUCUAGUUCCUUUUGUACUUAGAACAAAUAUUUCUAGAUUGUUUAAUCAUGUUGUAGAAUAUCUUAACUGUCAUUUUAUCUUCUGUUGUGAAAUAUUUCCAUGUUUUUAUAGUGUAAUUAUCACUUUUGUACUUACAGCAAACCCUACUUAAUUCUUUCCUCCUAGCUGUAUUUAUAAUAUAGUUGAAAAAUGUAAUGUGCUAAUUAUGGAAGUAUGUAGUUAGAAUUUCUUAAUCCAAUUUACAAAUUGGAUUGUCAGAAUUGUAAAGGCAUUUGGACUAAGACAUUUCAAGAAAGCAAGGAUGAGCCUUAUCACACUAAAACUAGUUGUGUGGAUUUUAUUGUUUUAUAUUUUUGUACACCACUCCGAGGCUUCUUUUAUAGUCAAGCUGUAUAUAAUUUUUAUGAAAUAAAUAAGAUUUAUGGUUGUACAAGACUCACUUUCCAUCCCCUCCCCUUCAUCAAAUAUGCUUUGGAGGGUUCAAGUAGGUAACAAAAUGAAACGGAAAUGUGUUUAAUAUUGGAUAUCACUCAGAGAGAUUAACCAGGGGUUCUUAUGUGGAAUUUAUAGAUGUGCUUGAGGGCAAAUGUGGUUCAGUGGGUCAGGAACAAUUUGCACAAUUAUCCUUGAUCUAGCCCAGCCACUAUGUUGUUUUAAUCCUACCUUCUAGUUUUGCUUCUUGUUUUGGGCAGGGAAAUUAUAUUUUGUUUUUGUGAUGCUGUUCCGUUUGUAUUUCCAUUCCCCACAUGCGUUUUUGUUGAGUGGUAGUGGGUAAGAGUAAGGCAUGGUUUAGGAAAUGGAUGGACACAGACCAAAAGCACAAUGGGUUAGAUUCAGAGGGGCAAAUAAAACCUAUUUCACCCAGAGGUCUACAUUACCCUUUGUAUAAAGCUUUGUUGUGACAAGUAAAAUAAAAUCUAAAAGAUGUCCAUCCAUUUAAACAACCUCUUGCACAAAGAGAAGUAUGUGAACUGUUUACUGUUAUGAACAGAACAUUGUUAUUGAACUUAUGUCCUGGUUGUAGGCUUUCCAUUGGCAUGUGGCAAGCAUAAUGGUAGACUAGAUCAGAUCCAUAAGUGUCUUCUUAUUACAUUAACUUUUGUACACAUACCCUCUUCUUUCUCAUGACAGUUCUUUGAUCCAACUCAACUUGUUCCUUAUCUGUAAAAAUGAACAUCAAGCUGGGUCUAUUUUAGCUGUAUCAGAAGCAGCUGAAGUAUAGCAUGGUAAAGGUAAAGGUAAAGGUAAAGGUACCACUGAAAGUCCAGUCGUACUUUCAUUCAAAUUCAUAGAACAAGGAAAAUAUGUUCAAUGAUCUCCCAUCCACUAUUACACUGUAGCUCUUUUAGCUGUAAUGGUGUGGUAGGUCAUACUGAAUAUAAAACUUAAUAUUUCAACUUUAUACAACCAGCUUCCUUGGCUUGGGAUAAGUGAUUUUCCCCUUUUUAUUUGAAUCAUAAAAGUAUUUCUAUUGCAUCCUGUUUGUUAGGUACCCAUCUUAAACAAGGACACAACAAAAAUGACUAUAACUGUGCAUGAACACUUUUUCUGUUGAACAUAUAUAUCUGCUCAAGGUGGGAUUAUAUUACCAAGUCUCCCCUCAAGCAAAUAGUUUUACUACACUAAAUCUUUAUGUAGAAAUUUGAUUUCCAUCAAUGGAAUCUCAACAUUUCAGAGGUUUCAGCAGUAGAUAGUGCUUUCCCCUUCACUUUGAAUAAUUUUUAAAACCUGAAGCAGGAAACACAGUAAAGUGGUAAGUAAAAAGGCAAUAGCACAAUUAGCUCAAUACAGGCAUGAUUACAACUUCCAUUAGACCUUGCUGUUUCUUUAUCUACUGCUCUGUGUCAGUUGCUGCUCUAUAGAACUAAUUACAAUGUCUAUAAAAAGCUCACUUUGUCAUUUCAGGGCCUCCUCCAGAAGCAGAAAGAAUUGGAGACAUGUUUUAUUCCAAACAUCAUAAGCCAAGAGGAUAAUUUUAUUUCACCAUUUUAAAGAAUUUGAAGUUCGAGAAAUGAAUUUUUAUUGUGUUGGCACUUUAUACUUACUACUGUAAUUAUGAACAUAUUGGUAAAAUGUGAACUUUUGUUCAUUUGAAGAUGCUUGAAUAAGUGAUUAUACAUUUUGGAAGAAAGAUGUAUGUAGCAGGAAACAAUACUGUAGCACGUGCUUUUGUUUACAUGGAAUAUUUGUGUAGCUAAUUUAAAUUUUGUGUGUCCACUUAGUAAGAGGAAUAAAUUAUUAGGCAUUUGAAUGCCAUGGCUGUGUAUGUUGCAUUUUGUUUUCUCUUUUGUGUUUAAGUAAUGGUUUUGUAAUACUGCUGGGUGAUGGGUGAAAACAGAUCCCUGUUAGCCAAAGCACCUCAAAUAUUAAAACACACAGCCACUAACUACAGGCCUUGUGUCUAGAAGCGAUCACAGUUAAAUAAAGGAGACUAUUAUACCACAAAUAAAAACAGCUAUUAUAAAGGUGUACAUUAUAGAAAAACUAAAUUGUGUUCUACUUUCGCACAUUAACAGUGACUAUAUUUAAGGAAUGCUCACUGUGAUUCUGAAGUUCCAGAAUUAAUUUGAGCCAUGGUUCAUUUCAAUUUUUGUAUUGAAGCAGACCAUGCAAAAUGAUCUCAUACCAAUAAAUAAAUAAAUCUGCACCUGCACCCAAAAAUGCAAAUACAGGCAACUCGCAACUCACACACAUUUAACUUGUGCACAUUCAGCUUUACACACUUACCAAAAUUAAAAAAAUAAAAAUAAAAGAGGACAAGAAGGGGAUGGGCAUUGUGGGAAGGGGUAGCUCUGGCAAUCCCACCUGCCACUGCACCCAAUGUGUUUUGACUUUACACAAUUUUGGCUUUAUGUGCUAUCCCCAGAAUGUAACCCCUGGGUAAGUUGUGUCACCUGUAGUGUACAGAUAUGCAUGUCAUCUGAGCUAAACAAUUGAAUAUGUGUAUAUAAAAAGUUGCUUUUAAAUGACUUGUUUAUAUUUAGUGAAUAAAUAGCAGCGGGGAUGGUGUUGGGAGCUAGCAAGUUACUGGAGAUCAGUAAAGUGGCAUGUGGUUAUGUAGCAUACAGGAUCCAAGAUGUUCUGAAAUUUGUCCAAAUGAGACUAGAUCAGUUUCAAAGUCUGCCAACAAAGCAGGCUUUGGGGAAUUUCAC